CCCCAGCUGACUGAAACAUUGUCCACUGGCACUUUCCUAAGUCACCAUGGCCCACUUGUUAACCACGCUCAUCACCCACAACAUCAAGCCCUACUUGGUCUCUACCACCAGUUUAGUCACCAACAUCAAUCCCAAUCGCUAAACUCUGUGUCACCAUUAGCUUGCCUUUCUGGCACCUCCCGAUCCACCUCUUCUGGAUCCACAAACAGUCCGCCUCUUCAGCCGCACAGCGCAGGCCCACCUGCUUCGACAGUUUACUCUACCUCUGCAUCUGUUACCUUGCCAUCUGGUUCUACUUCUUCGCCCCCUAAACCGGGCCCACUCUUACUCCCGCCUACGCAACAGCCAACAGCAGCAUCUGCUGUAACGAAUUCAUUGGCUUCAUCAUCCGCACCCAAUUCCGCGCCAAACUUAACUCCACCUUUUGCUUUCCUCUUCAACGGCCAACCACGCUUUAUUGCUACUCAAGGUACGCUAGCAAACACUUUGACCGAAUUCUGGCGAAUGGUUUGGCAGGAGCGAAGUGCCGUAAUUGUGAUGAUCACGAAGGAAGUGGAGAGGGGCAGAACAUCAUAUUAA